CCCAUUCGCUCCGCGCCUUCAUUAGAUUGUCGUCUAGAGGCUUCCGUUAGUCAGACAUAUUGUCCCGAAGGAGCCGGGAGAGGGCCUGACAGACCGGGGGGCAGCAUGGAUUCCAUAACGAGCCCCAGGAAGGACAACAGUCGCAUGAAGAGCUAUAAAAAUAAGGCUCUAAACACAGAAGAGAUGCGCAGAAGGCGUGAAGAGGAGGGAAUUCAACUCCGCAAACAGAAACGUGAACAACAGCUCUUUAAGCGCCGCAAUGUGGAAAUGUUUUCUGAAGACCCAUCCAUGUUUGAUGGUCCAGUAAUGGAUCCCUAUGUUAGCUCAACUAAUGUUGGGGAUAGAGUUAUUACCCUUGAGAUGGUUGGGUCGCUGCUUUCUGAUGACCCUGAUCUGCAGUUGGCCACAACACAAAAAUUCCGAAAGCUGCUAUCUAAAGAGCCAAACCCCCCGAUAGAUGAAGUGAUCAAUGCUCCUGGAGUAGUUGAACGGUUUGUAAAUUUCCUUAAAAGAAAUGACAACUACACACUACAGUUUGAAGCCGCCUGGGCCCUGACAAACAUUGCAUCUGGCACUUCACAACAAACCAAAAUAGUGAUAGAAGCAGGAGCUGUGCCAAUCUUUAUCCAGCUGCUAAACUCCGACUUUGAAGAUGUGCAGGAACAGGCUGUGUGGGCACUAGGGAACAUUGCAGGUGACAGUUCUGUGUGUCGAGACUAUGUGCUUGGCUGCGACAUCCUUCCUCCUCUACUUAAUUUGCUGACUAAGUCAACUCGCCUUACCAUGACAAGAAAUGCUGUCUGGGCCUUGUCUAACCUAUGCAGAGGGAAGAACCCCCCUCCAGAUUUUGAUAAGGUGUCUCAAUGUCUUCCUGUGCUCUCACGUCUCCUGUUCAGUAGUGACUCUGACCUGUUGGCAGAUGCUUGCUGGGCGCUUUCCUAUCUUUCUGAUGGUCCCAAUGAGAAGAUCCAGGCAGUCAUUGACUCGGGAGUCUGCCGCAGGCUUGUAGAGCUUUUAAUGCACAAUGAUUACAAGGUGGCAUCACCUGCACUGAGAGCUGUAGGAAAUAUUGUUACAGGAGAUGACAUCCAGACACAGGUCAUCUUAAACUGCUCUGCCCUGCCUUGUCUCCUGCAUCUACUAAGUAGUCCUAAGGAAUCUAUUCGUAAAGAGGCCUGCUGGACCAUUUCUAAUAUCACGGCUGGAAACAGAGCCCAAAUACAGGCUGUUGCAGAUGCCAAUAUAUUUCCAGUGUUAAUUGAAAUUUUACAAAAGGCGGAGUUUCGAACUCGUAAAGAAGCUGCAUGGGCUAUCACAAAUGCUACAUCUGGAGGCACUGCAGAACAGAUCAAGUACCUGGUAAACCUGGGCUGCAUUAAGCCACUCUGUGACCUCCUUACUGUCAUGGAUUCUAAAAUAGUGCAUGUUGCCCUAAAUGGUUUGGAAAAUAUUCUGCGACUUGGGGAGCAAGAGGCAAAACAGGGAGGAGAUGGUGGUAUAAACCCAUAUUGUGGGCUAAUUGAAGAAGCAUAUGGUUUAGAUAAAAUAGAGUUUCUUCAGAGCCAUGAAAAUCAAGAAAUUUACCAGAAAGCUUUUGAGUUGAUAGAACAUUACUUUGGUGUAGAAGAUGAUGAUCCUCAGUUGGUUCCAUCUGUGGAUGAAGCUCAGCAACAGUUCAUUUUUCAGCAAACAGAGGCCCCUAUGGAGGGAUUCCAGCUAUAGACGGAAUUGGACAAUUGUGCCACCCUACCACCACAGGUUCCAUUCAGUGGGAAGUUUGGAAAGCAGCACUUCACACCGGAGUAAAGUUAAACAUGGUUUAUUAGAAGAGAUUCUAUCCCCUUCCUCCUAUUCUUGCGCUUUGUAUGUGCAGAGAAAGCUGUGAUUCUAAUGGCUUUGUGAAUGCCUCAGUUUAAACUCCAUGAGCUCAACCUUUUUAUGCUGCUUUUUGUGAGGUCUGUAUCUAAAAUGCAUACUUUCCUCCAGCGCUGAACUUUCUCUGUUUCGAAAGGUCCUGUAACUUUUUUCCUUCCCUUUUGGUUGGUUUCAAAAAGGACUUUCAGAAUUUAAACGCAUUAGAAUAAAAUGCGUUGAGCAUACUUUUGUGCUGAAGCACAUGGAGCAAAAGGAAUUUAUUAUUUUUUUUAUUUUUUUUUUGUGAAAGAUAGUGGUAUUUAAAGAAAAGGAAUAAAUAAGUAAAAUAUCUAAACUGCUGUGGGCAGUAGUGAUCAAAAUGAAGCCAUAAAUUGGAUACCCUCCAAAAGUGGUAACUGAUGGUCAUCGAACAUGGCUUUAGGUAUUGUUUCAGUCAUUUCAUCAGGAGUUUAUUUGCCAGUGGCCCCAUGCUGUACUUGGCUUUAUAUCGGACUGGGUGCUUGCUGGCAACGCAACCUCCUGCGUGCCUUAUCACCUGCCUCAAGUGGCAGUUUUCUCAUGUUUUUUGUUUCUCAUUAUCUUCCUCCCAUUGCAAAGAUAUGUUGUGUUUAAUUUUGUUUGCCACAACCGUUUAUGGCUACUAGUAGUGUUCUCAACAAGGUUCUACCUGAAACUCAUUUAAACUGUGCCUCUGAUUUACAUACUGUAAAGGACAAUUUAUGGCAUGAACCAGUCCAUUUCGGAAGGCUGUUAACCUGUAAUUCAAUGUUGAAAACUGGGACAUGGUGCAAAGAAGAAACCGAAAAUAAAUAAAAUGAGUAAAACCGGAUGCAGAAGUAGAACUCGGUGUCCAUCAUAGUCCAUAAAGGGUUAAUUCCAUUGCCAUCCUGACACACUUGGCUGCAGCACAUUUAAAAGACUGAAGAAUUCUUUGGAAACCAAGGGAACACGGGAGGGCAACAGACUAAGUGUAGUAUUAGAAAGCUUUAAUGGAUAAAAGACAAUUGGUAACUCACAAGCAAUGGAGAACAGCGCCUGUCAUCAAAUUGUCCACUUUUGUUAUCAGUAAUGGUAGCUUUAAAUGAGGGUUUUGUAGGAGAAUGGGCCAGUGUUUGGCAAAGGUUUUUCUCCAUACUCCUAUAGUGGCUAUGGUAUGGAGUAACAGAUUUCACUGUGGGAUCUUCAUCCGUUUUAGCUAUUUUACCUCAACUGGCUUUAGUAUGAUAAAGUGUAAGCUUUUUUGACUAACCCAGCUACCCCAUGUCGAAAAACAGUUUUUUUAAGACUUGAACUCUGCUGGAUAUAAUCUUCUGUACAGUUCUGCCUCAGUCUGCAAAAUUAACUUUCAGGGAUCCUUUUUUUUUUUUUUUUUUUUUUUUUUUUAAGGGUGUUUUCAUGUCCAUUUGUGAUAAUUCAUCCAUACAAUUUUAAUGCUUCCAGUAUAUGCAAGGAAAAGUGUAUUAAACAAACAAAGAACCUCUACUAAACCCCAAAAUGUGUCCGCUCACCUUUAUAGUUAAGGUCAGCUUUGCAUAAUAAUGCUUUUAGGCCUUGUUCACAAAGCUGUAAAAAUGUUACUGAUGUUGCUACACAUGUUUUCUAGGAGAAAAGAUCCGGGUGUAAUAAGUAAAUUGCUUGUGUAUAGAUGCGUUUAAACGUAUAAAGACACUUAUGCAUAUUUGUUAUGAUUUAUUUUUCCCAUUUUGCCUACAAAUGCAUAUAUGUGUUUUUAUGGGUAUGCUCAUGAAGCCCAUGUUGGCAGAUUUUUGGAUUCUGUGUUGCAGAUCUGAAAGCGGCUCAUGUGUAUGCACCUGUGUGAAUGACUCCAGUGAAAACAAUACAUACUUAAACACUUGUAUAUGCAGGUUUUUUGUUUUUACGGCCGUGUAAAUGAAGUCUUAGGACCCAGAUUGCAACAAGAUUCCUUCUGGCAGCAAAAGUCGUCAACCCAAUCAAACUACCAUCCACUUCUGAGUCUUCAAAUGCUCUUUGACACAAGCAUGUUUAAUUGGAUCCCACAAUUAUGCUCUCAAAUUUAAAACAAACCAUAGUGUUCUCUGUUUGCUAUUUAUUAAGAACUAAAAAUGCAUUCACAUACUGUUGCAAAUAGAAUCGCUUUGUACAGAGCCAGCAGCCCUGAAAUGCUGAUAAGCCGCUUACAGCCAAGAGGAAAGAUCUCGCCACUCGGUGAACAGCCAGCUCUCCCUCAAAUUGCUAGGCUCCGCUAAACGUUUUGUCAAUAGUGAUGUCUUCAGGGACACGGCACAAUUGAAAAAACAUGUUGGGCUCCCUAGUUUUCUUUUAAUACAGAGACAUUCUUUAGUUAUAUUAAACUGCUGAACCAUUUCUAACAUCGCAGCUGGACACCAAGCCCAAAUGUGUACAUAUUGAAAAUGUAAAACCUUCUAUGACCAGCUAAUUUUUAUGUACAUGUUCGUUUUUCUUGCGCUCUUAUGAAUGCCAAUAUAUUUUGAGCAUUGAUUGAAAUUUUACAGUAGGGACAGUUUAGCUCUUUAAAAAAAGCCAUAUAGGCAUAUCCCAAAUUCCACAUCCUGGAGGCACUGCAGCACAGAUUAGGUAAAAAUUAUAUGUAUUCAUUUAACUAACAAUUCUGAAAUCUGUUUACCUUUUCUCUAGGUACCUGGUAAAGCUGGGCUGCAUUAAGCCACUCUGUGACCUCCUUACUCUCAUGGAUUCUAAAAUAGUGCAAGUUGCCCUGGAAAAUUUCCUGCAACUUAGGGCGCAAGAGACAAAACUGUGAGGAGAUGGUGGCAUAAACCCAUAUUGUGGGCCAAUUGAAGACUGUAAUUGAAGUACUGUCAUGGAUUCUAAAAUAGUGCAAGUUUCCCUAAAAUGGUCUGGAAAAUAUCCUGCGACUUGGGGAGCAAGAGUCAAAACAGGGAGAAGAUGGUUGCAUAAACUUGUAUUAUGGGCCAAUUGAAGACCUUUACUACCAUGGAUUUUAAAAUGGGGACACCACACGAUCGAUGAAAUAUGUUAGGUGGAGCCUGGAAGAGUGGAGUGAUCUUUUUGCCCUUGGCUGUGAGUGGCUUAAAGUAGAGUUAAAGGCAAAAUGUUUUCUUUUGGAUAAAGUAAGGAAGGGAUUUUACCCCUGUAAAUUUUUCACCAUCUGUAUCCCAUUGGGGAGAUUUACCUUCACUUCCUGUCCCAUAGCCAAAACAGAAAGUUAGGGAAAAUCACUAGAAAUUAUGGGAAUUCCUUCCUAUUAUCUGGGGAUAACCCCAAAUUUUUGGAAUUGAUUUUACUUUCACUUAUGAUAACUUUAAACCGGAUACAGAGAGGGGGUGAAUCUCCCUAUCGGGGGCACAGACCGCACGCACAGACCGCAAUAACAAUUGACAGGUGUUAUAGUUCAUCCCCACUCUAUCAAAAACUAAAAAAAAAAAAAAAGUUUUGCCUUUUAGUUAUACUUUAACUUCAUUGCAGUGCUGCUGACUAUUAUUCUAUCUGCAUCACUAUGUGAGUGCAUUUUUAAUAUAAUAAAUACCAAAUGGAGAACAUUGUUUGUUUUAAUUUUAUUUGAGAGCAUAAUUGUGGGAUCCAAUUAAUCAUGCUUUUGCCAGAGUGUUUUUGGAGACUCAGCAGUGUAUGGCAGUUUAAUUGGGUUGAAGACCUUUUCUGCCUGGAAAAACGUUGUUGCCAUCCUUAAAGUGUUAUGUGCAAUUGACCUUUUGUGAUAAGUCAACUAUUGGGGUGAGCGGACACCUUUUUGGGGUUCAGUGGAGGUCCUUUUCUUUGGGAGAAUCUAUGUAUUGGGAAGCAUUACAAUUGGAUGGAUGGAUUAUAACAUACUGGAUUUAUACCCUCAAAAAUCUGUCUCCAUCUGUAUCUAUAUGGCUGGCCCUUGCCGGCCCUAUACCGAGAACUGAUUGAUCAAAGACCACUGAUUGUUAAGUUCUCGGGUCCGCUCUAAUCAGAGUGGUGAUUAUCGGUCACUGCUCUGCGCUCCGCCCCUCCAGUGUUUACUUGUGGUUGAGGCUGAAGCAGCUGGCUCAGGUUCGAGGAGGCUCACUGAGAAGCUCAGCCAGCUGCUGGCCAGGCACCUGGGCAGAUCCCAAUGUUACUGUUUGGACCCCUGCAAAGACUGGGCUGGCUCUGUGAUGUCAGUUGACUGUGCAGUUUAGCCUCUGUUGGCUGAAACUGGGUCACAGGAGUGCCCCACAGGAGAAGUAUGGCCAGAAGAGCUUUGGGCAUACUAUUUUAAUGGAUUCCUGAAAAGUUUGUUCAAGGUGUAAUUGGAGUUCUUUUGAAGCUGUAUAAUAAACUUACCCAUGCCAUCUCUGUGUACAGUGGGGCACUUGUGCAGUAACUGAUGGUUUGGGAUUUCUGCAUCCGGUUUGCACCUUCCCAGCAAUGUCACUAACACUUAGUUUAUUUUAACAGUUGUGACAAUAGCCUGUGCUGGUGUGGAAUUCAGAAAAAUGUAUCUACUUGAAUUAAAGUUAUAUUUAGCUGGC